GGCAGGAAAAGAGAGAGAGAGGGUGUAAUAGGAGGUUUGAGUGAAGGGAGUGAGGAGGGGUCUGUGUCCAAACUGGGACGUCCCACUGGAAAUGUCUUCUGUGUGAACUGGUGGAGCCGUUAGAUUGUCCUGGGCUCCGCACACAGCUGACUCUUCUCUUCUGUUAUCCCUGCUCUGCCAAGUUAAAGACUUUGAAGAUGAGGGUGUGGAUCAUCUUCCUCCUGUGCCUGGCUGGCCAUGCCAUGGCUGCUCCUACUGAGGAGGAGCCCAUCGUGGAAGAGCUAAUCACCGAGGAGCCAGUUGUUGAGGAUGUUGGCCAGGAGACCGAAGUGGGCGCCAACCCUGUGCAGAUUGAGAUUGGAGACUUUGAUGAAGCCAUUGAAGUUGUUGAAGAAGAAGAAGAAGUUGUCACUGAGAAUGCCUGCCUGAACCACCACUGCAAGAAGGGCAAAGUGUGUGAGGUCGAUGAAAGCAACACCCCAAUGUGUGUGUGCCAGGACCCCUCCACCUGCCCCGCUGCUGAGGGAGAGUUCGAGCAUGUUUGCGGAACCGACAACAAGACGUUCGACUCCUCUUGCCAGUUCUUUGCCACCAAGUGCGCCCUGGAGGGAACCAAGAAGGGCCACAAGCUGCACAUCGACUAUAUCGGACCAUGCAAAUACAUUGAGCCCUGCAUGGACAGCGAGCUGAACGAGUUCCCCCUGCGUAUGAGGGACUGGCUGAAGAACGUCCUGGUGACUCUGUACGAGCGCGACGAGGACAACAACCUGCUGACCGAGAAGCAGAAGCUCAGGGUGAAGAAGAUCUACGAGAAUGAGAAGAGGCUGCAGGCCGGCGAGCACUCUCUGGACCUGCUGGCUCACGACUUUGAGAAAAACUACAACAUGUACAUCUUCCCCGUCCACUGGCAGUUCGGCCAGCUCGACCAGCACCCCGUCGACGGGUACCUGACCCACACUGAGCUGUCCCCCCUGCGCGCCCCUCUCAUUCCCAUGGAGCAUUGCACCACCCGCUUCUUUGAGCAGUGCGACGCCGACAGCGACAAAUACAUCGCCCUUGACGAGUGGGCCAAGUGCUUCGGCAUCAAGGACCGUGAUGUGACAACGACCUCUCAUCGACUAUCCACUAGCAAUCAGCGCUCACAAACGAGGCAAGUGCUGAUCCUGUAA